AUGACAGUUGGGGACCGUGACCAAGUGGUGAGGUCGUUCAGGGCGCCAAUUCCGGCAUGGUCGACUCCAGGGCCCAAUGUGAGCGGCAUGGACACCGAGGUCCCAGUGCUUUCCUACUACAUGUCUUCGGGCAUGAACCUACACGACCACUGUCAUAACGUCCACGGAACGUUCAAUACGCGUCAGCUGAUAACCGCCCUCUCGAAUGCCAUGGUUGGGAUCGGCGCCGAGAUCUUCGCGGAAGGGAAGGAUACGGAGGACUACGACGACCACGGCCGCAGCUGGACGGACGAGGACCUCAAAGGGUUCGUUUUCCACGAGGGAAUGGUCUACCCCCGGGACGAGGCGCCGGAAGAAGCCCUCAACCAGGGGAAGACGCCCACUCGGGCCGAAUUCGUACUGGGCAUCGUGAAUGCGGGCGGUCCAAGGGACGUAAGGCUGGAUGUACACGGCGACGGCGCUGUCUCUGUUGCCGCGCCCCUCUUCAACACCAAGGAGAAGUUGGAGUUGGACACGCCGAAGGAGGCAAAGAAGGUAACCCGCUACUCUAAGAAGGCCCGGCAAAACAUCGUCCCGGACGAGCCAGCCAUUGCCGCCUUCAAGGACACGACCGACCGCAAGAGCAAGGCAGCCAAGGGGGCAGACGACGAGACGGACGCAGAGGAUGGCAGGCAAGGCACACCGACACCAAUGCAACUACAGCCCUCUCAAACGCCAUGGUUGGCAUUGGUGCGGAGAUUUUUGCGGAGGGAGAUGAGACGGCUUUGCUCCUGGAUCGGUGUGGGAUAG